AUGUUCGUUAAUGUUGGGACCCGCAUUAACGGAAUUGCAAUUCCGAAAGUAGAGCAAGACGCCCUCGAGAGACUGAAGGCUGACAGAAGCAUCGUAGUAUUGCCAGCCGACAAGGGACGUUCCACAGAAGUGCUCGACAAGACAGAUUACCUUCAGAAAGCCAACGCCCUGCUCGAUGAUCGUCUUGCGUACCUCAGGUGCGACGGAGAUCCGAUGAAGAAGCUGGUGGCACAAAUCAACACGACGCUCGCUAGGUUACAGAGCAACGGUGCCAUCUUAAAAGCAGAACGACUGGCCAUUAAACCAACAGAUUCGGCUAUGGCGAGAUUCUAUGGGCUGCCGAAAGUGCACAAGCCUGGUGCUCCACUUCGACCUAUCGUAUCUUUGCGCGGAACGCCUACAUUCAACCUGGCAAAAUGGCUGUUCCGACGUCUGAACUGUCUCACAUCAGGCUCCGAUACAACGGUCCGCUCAGCCGUACAUUUCUCGGAAAGACUCCAGGGUCUACACCUUAAUGCAGACGAAGUCAUGGUAUCAUUUGAUGUUACCUCCCUCUUCACCUCAAUUCCUCAGAGUCUAGCAAUUGAAACUGUCGGCGAUCUACUCGAGAGUCAUUAUGACAACGAGACCAAUAAGCUUAAACGAGGACACCUUAUCCAGCUGCUCCAUUUUUGCCUCAAGACCUAUUUCACCUUUGAAGGAACGGUCUAUGAACAAAUCAAAGGAACUCCAAUGGGUUCGCCGCUGUCUGGUUUCAUUGCUGAGGCGGUCCUUCAAAAGUUGGAGACGCUGGUGUUCGCAACCCACAGACCAAUAUUUUGGGCACGGUAUGUGGACGAUACCUUCGUCAUCCUCAAGCGGGAGAUGGUCUCCGAAUUUCACGCGAUUCUGGACUCUGUUUUUCCGGACAUCCAGUUCACAAUGGAGGCAGAAGUCAACAACCAGCUAGCAUUCCUAGACGUCCUGGUCCACAGCAAAACUAACGGAAGCCUAAGAACGACGGUAUACCGAAAGGCCACCAACACACGUCAGGUCCUCAGUUACUACAGUAACCACCCGUCGUGCCAUAAACGUAGCUGUGUGCGGACUCUUUACAAGAGGGCGGAAACUCACUGCAGCGAGGCAGCCGACAAAGUAGCCGAACUCCAUUAUCUUCGGCAGAUGUUCAUCUUCAACGGUUACCCUCGUAGUUUCAUCGAACGCAGCAGACAACCAAAGAAGGCUAUAAGGUCAACGAGAGAACAACCAACAGUGUGGCGGGCGCUACCGUAUAUUGAGAAUGUAUCGGAAGCAGUCGCUCGUCUCUUACAACCACUGGGGAUCGGCGUCGCCCACAGACCUGAAGCGACAAUAAGACGUCUCGUCAUGAGACCCAAGGCCCCUCUGUCACGAGGCGAGACAGCGAAUGUCGUCUACCGUGUCCAGUGCAGUUCCUGUGAGGCGAACUACGUAGGAGAGACCGGAAAACGUCUACAAACCCGCAUGAGUGAGCACGCAAGGGCAGUGAGAAGGAUGGACCACCUCUCACUGGUGGCGGAACAUUGUGCAGCCUCUGGGCACACUUUCGCCUUCCAGAAAGCCGAAAUCCUAGGCCGAGGUACCGACCAGACAGCUAGGGAAACGCUCGAAGCCUGGCACACCGUACCAACCUCCAUCAACCGCUGCACGAUUCUCCCGGCAGCCUACCAGGCCCUACGAGUGCGGUUCAACCAACGGAAUCAAAGGCAGGAAGUCAGCAUCACAAGCCCAGGUGAAACAGUUCGCGCCCAAACACCGAUGACGGGGGCCAGCAGCCACCGAGGUGCACACGGGCAGAGGCAAACGGACGACAAUUACGAGAAACGCGGGUCAGGCACAACAAAUGCGGGCAAUGCAGACGAGGUCAAUGACCGUUGCCAUCCCGACACAGCCCACCCGAAGAGGAGACGCAGGAUGGGACCGACCAGCACGACAGCAAUUAGCUCCUCCCCCCGCAGCAGAUCCUGCACGAAUAGCAGUAGGAACGACAACACUCCCGCAUGCUCAGCACCCAUAAAUACUGUGAGGCGCCGUACAGAACCCACCUCCGACGAUGGAAGCUUGUUUGCUUUUGAAACGUCAGGCUAUUAA